AUUAAAAUUUGAGUGCAAAUACGGAGAAAUACAGUACAGAAAGUGCAGCUGAAACGUACACAUUAGGUUUGUUCUUUUUAUGUGAACUGAUUGCACUAGUUCAUAGCAGGUUAUGGCCAGGGUUGCGAUUUCGUAGUACCGACAAUUAUUUUUUUACACAUAUUUAGAUAGAUUUACGAAAAGUCAACGUUUACACUGAAUGACACGCGCUCAGUCAGGUUAGACCGUCUUUGCCUUGUACAUCCUGGUGAUCCUGGGAUGAAUUCCUCCUACAGAAUCAUCUCUGGAAUUAGAAGCGUGCACACUAGCAGCGCACUGUUGAAGGAGACUCCGCGGAACUUAAAGGGUAAGAAGCAUAGCUCGCAGUUGUGGCUAGCGAGACAGCUGCGUGAUCCCUAUGUGGAAAAAGCGAAGCAGGAGAAAUACAGAUGCAGAAGCGCAUUCAAACUCUUGGAGAUCAAUGAGAGGUUUAAGAUAUUCAGUCCAGGUCUGACUGUCGUAGACUGCGGGGCAGCGCCUGGCAGUUGGACGCAGGUUGCCACCAAUCUGACUAACGCACAUGGCAAGAAGAAAGGUCGCAUCGGCAGGGUAUAUGCAAUUGACAAACUCCCGUUUUAUCCCGUGGAAGGUGCGACCGUCCUAGGGAACAUGGAUUUCACAAGUCCCAAGACACAAGAGACUCUAAUUGAACUGUUGCAAGGGGAUAAAGUGGAUGUUGUCUUAUCCGACAUGGCUCCAAAUGCGACUGGCAUGAAGGAGAUGGACCAUGACAAUAUAAUUUUACUUGCAUACGCCGCACUUAGAUUUGCACUGCAAAUUAGUAAAAUAAACGGUACGCUUGUUAUAAAAGUCUGGGACGGUGGUAAGGCGCAGCAGUUUGAACAGAAUCUGUCCAAGUUUUACAAUAGCAUCAAGAUAAUCAGGCCUGAUGCGACGAGGGACGAAUCGACUGAAAAAUUCUUCCUGGCUAGAGGAUUUAAAGGACUAAAGAUGAGUUGACGCAUUUAAUCAGUUUAUAGGUACAAUAUUUCAAUUAAUAAUAUAAAUUAUUUGAAUAUACAAAUAAUUCGAUAAAUCUUAUUCCAUCAGAACUCGGAAUUUUAAUGAUCUAUUAUUGUAUCAUUAUUAUGAUAGAUCUCUGUUAACAUCAUUAUUAUUAAAUUGAUUGUUAAUAUUGUAAUACUAUUCUCCUUCGGUUUAGAAUCAUUUCAAGACAUAAAAAUUUAUCAGUGCACAGUUUAUUGAACUUGAAAAUGUAAAAUUGAAAAAUAAAUAUUAAGUAAAGUUUAUAUUAAAAAGUAAAAUCCAGCUCUGUGAUCGAUUAAGAUUUAUCUCUAAUUAUUUGUAUACAAUAUUUCAAUUUUAGAAUACAAGGAUAUAUGAGGGCAGGUUGUAUAAAUAAAAGAGCUCGAUAAUUUGGUAUCA